UGUAUAUGGCGUAUCCGUGAUAUGUGACAUUUCUUAACUAAAUUAAAUAAUCAAAAAAGUAAGAGGCAUUAGUUUAUCUGAUUUGUAAUAAAUUUCUAAGCUUUGAUUAGUGAUAAGAGAACAUGUGAAAAACAGUUAAUAAAAAAUAUCAACAGGCAUCGUUGGGAAUUUUAAGUUACCGUAACGUUUUGUUAUUCCCAGUAUCAACAAAUGUCAACGAUGGGACCAAUCGGAAAAAAUUUCUACAUGUCACUAGAUUGGGGAUACUGCGAGGUAAACGGACCUCAUUCUUGGGUAUCCAAUUUUCCGGAUGCUGCUGGUGAACGGCAAAGUCCAAUUGACAUCUCACCUGUUAAUGUAAUGAAAAUAACUAGCGAUGAAAGAUUACAAUGGAAAUACAAACCGGAAUCUUCGACUAAAUUACAAAAUACUGGAUCUGCAUGGAAAGUGACAGUAAAAGGAAAUGGGUCAAUUUUGAAAGGUGGACCUCUUCAAGCAGAAUACGUUUUGGACCAAUUUCAUUGUCACUGGGGUGAAACAAAUGAGAAGGGAUCUGAACAUACUAUCAACGGUGAACAUUUUGCAGCUGAAUUACAUUUGGUUCAUUGGAAUUCAACGAAAUAUUCCAGUAUUCAAGAAGCGGCCAAUGACCCUGAUGGCCUUUGUGUACUGGGAGUGUUUUUUAAGGUGGGAAAAAAGAACGAUGAACUAGAAAAAGUUACAAAAUAUCUGGAACAAGUACAACAUAAAAACGAUACUGUUAUAAUACCAGAAGCUAUUGAUCCUCAACUUUUUCUUCCUAAAGAAAACGCUUACUACACAUACCACGGAUCUCUUACUACACCUCCUUGUUCGGAAUGUGUCGUUUGGAUUGUAUUCAAAGAACCUUUGGAAGUCUCCGAAGAACAAUUACACGCUUUUAGACAAAUUAAGAAAUUUAAUAAGGAAGAUGGUAAAUGUUGUGUCGAAGAAUGCGAUGGAUAUAUAAAGAAGAACUUCAGACCUACAGUACCAUUGGGUCUAAGACAAGUGAAAGAAUACCGCUAAGCAGAAAUUGAAUGAAAGUAUGGCAACAAAAAAUAUUUCACAAAUAUUUGAAAUAUAAUAAGAAAAGCAGUAUGCUAUGCCUACGAGGAUGUAUAUGUAUAAGUUUUUUGUUGGUUUUACCAUCAAGAAACUACAUUAUACAACCUUUUUAAAGAACACACCUUUGUGUGUUAGCUGGCGAAGAUUAUAGAUACUUUGUUCUAAUUUGGAUUGUUAUCAAUUUUGGAUUUCUACGAAUCAAACUUUUUAAAUUGGAUAAAAAAAAUAAUAAAAUUCUAAAUUCAAAUUAUAUCCAUGUCAAAUAUAUGUGAAAUAACUGGUUUGUAUUGUAGCACCGUUUUAUAUUCUAAUUUCGACAAUAAAUAUAUACAAAGUGGUCACUCGACUAACAUUUUAGAUUUUUGAUUGAACAAGAUUCAAGAACAGAAAAACACUUUGAUAUAGAUUUGAAUAAAUCUGUUGUAGUAACUUUGUAUAAGUAGAAAUCGAAUUUUGCUUAUUGUAAGCUAUUUAUGUAACGAUAUGUCUAAUAGUGCACUUUAUGUAAUAUUGAUUUUAAUAAACUUAAUCAGAGAUGCAAUAACUAUAUUUAUAUAUCAUAGAAUUAUAUUUGGAAUAUACAAUGUCAUUUGUGCUUACUUAAAUUAACAAGACUGGUUUUACAAAAUUUUAAAUUAUUUGUCAAAUAGAUUUGCAUUAAUGACGUUGUUGCUAUUGAUAUUAGGGUGAAUUAUGGAUAUUUCAUGAUAUUAUCACCAAAAAUUGUUAUCCUUCUUGUGAAGAUUAUAUAGAAAAUUAAUAAUAAAAAUAUGAGAUUAU